UGGGGAGUGGGCCAGUGUGCCGAGUGCCGGCCUGUCGAGGGGACCGUUGGGCGACGCGCUGAGAGCAGCGCAGUGUCGGGAUAGUGGUGGACGGAGUAUGGAGGUGUGGAUUGCACUCAGGCAGGACAGGAGAUUGGACUAACUCACAGCGAAGGUGAAGGCCGGUAUGGCAGCGGCGCGCGGGGCGCGGAGGGCCGCCCGCCCCGAGCCGCCUGUCGGCUUCAGGCCCCGCCGACGCACCUGUCGAUGGCUCCUACUCGUCACACUAACGGCGGCUCUCUGCCUCCCGGUGGUGUCUGCCGCCUCUGUUCCGGACUCCACCUCUGACCGGCUUCUGGCUCACGUCCUGCGGCGCAAGGCUCAGCUGGAGCGGCGGCAGCGGCUGCCGAUCGGUCGCGCUCCCAGCUCGGCGCUGCCGCCCAACGGCCUCCGGCAGCUAGAGUCAGUCACGCCGCCGCCCGAGGUGGCCUCAGUGAGUGGUCAACAGGUGCGACUGGAGGGCGGCGCUGGACCCUGGGAGGGCCAGCUGCGUGUGUUCCAGGGAGGUCGGUGGCGGCCCGUCACCGCUAACCGGUGGACCCCGCAGGAGAGCCGGGUCGUCUGUCGACAGCUGGGUUAUGUCAGUUUCUACACAAAAUCGCCUGGCACGACCGGACAAAAGCCUGUAUCGGGCUGGGGCGGCGUCAGUCCUCUACAAAUCGAUAAAUGUUCCGGAGACGAGGACUCAGUUCUCGAGUGUGCGCGCGCUCCGGUAACGAACGACAGAGAGGUGGGCGUCCAAUGCUACCAGCCUGCCGACCUAACGGGCCGCUGCGGCCGCGGCGAGCUGCCGUUCGGUGACAACUGCUACCUGAUCGGUCAGGAGCGCGUCACGAGACUCAAGGCUGAGAUUCGCUGCCAGCAGGCCGGCGCUCGGCUCGUGGAGGUCACUUCACAGGUGAAAAACGACUUUCUGAGCGGCGUGUUGAUCUCGAAGGGUCUGUCUGGAUUUCACACCGCCGGUCACGGAGAGGCGCUCAGUGUCAGCACCAGGGUGUGGUCCUGGAAAAACUCCUCCAAAGAGUUCCUCUUCAACAAUUGGAACCCCGAGACUCCCGGCGGGGUGGGCGGUCCUUCGGCCGUCUCAGACGCUGCGUACGACACUCGCUGCCUGACUCUUCAGCUAUCCCGGCUGGAAGACGGCUCCCAGUACGCGCUGUGGCAGCCUGCCGAGUGCAGCUCUCGGCUGGAGUAUGUCUGUCAGUCGUCCAAGCCAUGGACCGAGUGUGUCUCGGAGAACGGCGCUACCUACACGGGGAACGCCAGCACGGCCGAGUCAGAUCGGCCGUGCCUGCCGUGGUCGUCCCUGUCGCGCUACCCGGGCCUCAGCAGCCCGACCCUGCAGGAGAACUUCUGCAGGAACCCCGACGGAGACCAGAGACCCUGGUGUUUCACCAGUCGCGAUCGGUUCGAGUACUGCGACAUCCCUGCGUGCCCGCCAUUCCUACCGCGAGCAGACACCAGCCGCCAGGAGCCGUGCAGUGACUCCAGUUUCCGGUGUAGUCUGGAGGACUGCGUACCUCGGGAGUACGUCUGUGACGGUGAUGACGACUGCGCCAACGGCCGCGACGAGGCCAUCUGUGACGCGCUGUCCUCAAACUAUCAGGCGUUCCCCAACAACGACCUGCGUGUGAUCGGCGACUUCCGCGGCCUGGUGCGUUACACGGCGCGUACCCUGCGCAACUGUCAGUACCUGUGCCUGCUGGACCCCGACUGCAGCAUGUUUGUCUACUUUGAGGACGAGAGUCUCUGCAUCAGCACAGCCACACCGCUGGGAGAGGCCUGGCCCACCAGGGCGCCCGGUCACAGUCUCUACGUGGUUCUGACGCGCUACCAGGCCUGCGACGGCUACCGCUGCGACAACUUCCAGUGUCUCAACAAGACAGAGGCGCGCUGUGACGGCGUCACCGACUGUGACGAUCUCUCCGACGAGGCCAGCUGCAGUGCCGACUACGGCUUCAAGCUGCGUCUGGCCGGCGGCACGACCACUGAGGGUCGUCUCGAGGCGCGCAUCCGAGGCACCUGGGGCGCGGUGUGCGACGAUCUCUUUGACAUCGACUCGGCACACAUCGCCUGUCGUGAGCUGGGCUUCCUGCGCGCGAGGCGGUACUACCUCAACGGACGCCGGUUCUCGGCAGACGGGGACCUCGAUUAUGCGCUGAACGGUGCACUGUGUGCCGGUAACGAGACGUCGCUGUCGCAGUGUACGCUCCUUCAGACUCCGGGUCGGUGCGUGGCCGGGGAGACGGUGGCGUUGGAGUGCACAGAUGAGCCGUCUCUCUGCUCCUCCACGGUCAGCUCGUUCCAGUGCCCCGAUGGCUCCGGAUGCGUCACACAGCAAUACAUGUGCAGCGGUCAGAACUCGUGUGACGACGGCAGUGACGAGAGCGACGACGUCUGUGAGCUGCCCCAGUACCGGCUGGAGGACACAGAGGACGCCCGCGCGCCGCUGCUGCUCGUCAAACCCCGGCGCAGGUUCUUCCGCAACGUCACAGCCUACGGUUUCAACACACCUGAGGCAAACUACGUGUGCCAGCAGCUGGGUCUGGGCGAGCACGGCGUGCCGUUCGAGGGGCCUCACGUACCCGACGGCGUGCAGAUGGCCGUGCUCUCGUGCGCGCCGCCGUCGCCGUGCCGCGUCGAACCGCAGAACUCACUGCUGCCACGGCUGGCAGCACGCCUGUUGUGCCUGACACAGCCGCCGCCGCCACCUCGUCUGCGUCUCUCGGGUGGCUCCGGCGCAGGCUCGGGUCUCCUGGAGGUGGAACCGCCUGCAGGAGACUGGGGACGCGUCUGCUCGCUGUCCUUCAACCGUCAGCAGGCUGAGGUAGCCUGCCGACAGCUCGGCUUCUCCGGGGAGGCGACGUUUGAGGUUCGCCCGCGCCAACCUGCCGAGCGAGCAUCACUGAAGGCCAUGGAUUGUCUGGGAGAUGAAGCGUCCAUCGCAGACUGCGUCUUGCCGGCAUGGAUCAACGGAACCGGCACACAGGUUUGUAACGGCAGUGGCGAAGUAUACCUACGCUGCGACGUCCCACCAGUGCGGCGCGACUCGCCUCAGGUGUCUGCACCUUGCCGUGCCACCGCCGCCGGCCCCGACCUGAGCCGAAUCCUGGGAGGCAGCGCUGGCCGCAUCCAGGACCAUCCUUGGUACGCUCACCUGGACGCCGACGAGCUCGGCGAACGGAAGCUCAAGUGCGGCGCUACGUUGAUUUCCUCUCGGUUUGUGUUGACUGCUGGCCAUUGUCUGUAUCGAACUGAUGUGGAUGCUGCGCCGGCCGGCGGUGGAGUGCUCUUCUCGCGUCGGCUGCUGCCGCUGGCUGACCUCUCAGUGGUGGUCGGAGACUCCGGGUCAGCGGUGAUCGACGCGCAUCAGCAGCGGCUUGGCGUUCGGCGCACAUAUCGACACCCGGCACAUCGAGCCAUCAACAUCUACCACAACGAUCUAGCGCUGUUAGAGUUGGACGGACCUGUAGCGUUCUCUGCGGGAGUUAGACCAGCCUGUCUGCCGCCACCGGACACUGCCUACACACCCGACCUCGACUGCUCAGUGGCCGGCCUCGGUAAGCUGGCAGCGGGACUCUUCGGCGCACUACCGGAGGAGCUUCAAGUGGGAAGCGUGGCUUUCUUCACCCGCGCCCAGUGUGAGCGUUUCUACGGCAGGCGCAACAUCACUCUGGGCAUGGUGUGCGCUGGUGAUGACCGUUUCGAGGUGGACACAUGUGAUGGCGACUCGGGUGGACCGCUUGUGUGUCGACUGGGAGGUGCGAAUGUGGUGAUGGGUGUUACCAGCUGGGGACAAGGCUGCGGCCGUAACGACUACCCGGGAGUGUACACUCGCGUGGCCACCUACGUGGAGUGGAUUAGUAGUGUGAUCGGGCCGGGUGAUGACAGCUGAUGAGUGGUCAGUGAUGCCGGGAAAGACAGACUGUGGUUACAGACUGAGGCUGCCGUAGGUACCCGCUACCCGGAACCUCACUUCAGAAAAAAAAACUUUGGGCGGACAGGGUGGACUCACGGGCCCUAAAGUACCGUCGUGGUGGAUCACCACCCAUCGUGAGCUUGUGACGUGCUUCCCGAGGUGCAAUCUGAAGGACCUGAAGAAGUGACAGAAGUGAAGGAAUCUGAAGAGUGAACGUUUGCGAGACGGGACGUUGUGGAUGGAAGGAGCCCUAUGAAACAGUUUUGGUCCGUGCUGGCUACGCGGUAGAUUGUGAUGCAGUACUGAUCAUGUUGUCAUUUCUAACUCAACAUGACGUUGCGCCCGAAGGUAGCGCCCGUCAGCAAAAGACGCUUUUAGUUGACAUUUGUGAAAGUUGAAGAGGAAAGCAGUGGUGUUUGGCGCAUUGUUUGAGCACAUCGCGGGAUCGAUGCGCUUGUUUUUUGUAGGAGAUGGAUGAAGACUUCCACGGGAUGAUGUGAGAGCAAUUUUUUUUAGUUGGAUCGCGACGUGCAGGAUAUUUUUAUUAGUUGUGACGAACGACGUAUGGGUGUAUGCGGUGUAGAGGGCGCCACUCGGUGCCUAUCUGAGAGUCCGUGCAGUGGUGGUAUUGGUUCGCGUGUAGGUCAUGCCACUGUGCCGUGGCGCGACCCGUUUACCUCUCGUCAGCGGGCUGACCGAAAUACCCCUGCCCGAGGUAGAUACGGACGUUGUCGGGUACCUGGCAGCGUUUGCUGGAAGGGUGGAGAAUGGAGAUAACCACUGUGGCAGCCGCCGCAGCGUGCCAAAGCUCAGAGCUCGAGUGAUGCUGCCGGUUGUGGAUUUAGUGUUUCGGGGAGAAAGAGAUGCAUUGUAGAGGAUGUAUUGUCACCUAAAACUUCCAGUUUUCCGUUGCCUGGCUACAGUUUUUCGUAAUUUUUGCUUGUAUUUUCAUAUCGUCAGUUUUUACUGUUCAUAAAUAUAAACCGUCUAAGAAUGGGUGAUCCUAUUCCUCCCAUAUAAUGAAAGUCCAUUGAAAUACAUGAUAUUUACCGAG